AUGGAAUCCCGCGCUGGGAACACCGCAGACCCUAGAGGGAGCAGAGGAGGAGGUGGCCUACCUGGGUCCGGGGGCCCCCGCGCUCGGCAGCUCCUGGAGCGGCUGGACGCGCGCCCCCUGGCGGCCAGAGCCGCAGCGGACUUCUCAGAGCUGGUACGAAAGGCCAGUGCCACAUUGCGCCUGCGCCACAAGGAGGCUGUUAGUAUUCUGGAUUCUGCAGAUAUAGAAGUCACAGACAGUCGUUUGCCUCACACCACUCUUGUGGAACAUCGAUCCCAGCAUCGAAGGUCUGAGACUCUGGGGACAUAUAUGGAGCCACCUCCAGUAACCCAACAUAAGGCAAGCUAUACUUUGAAACUACCCCAAGCCACCCGUCAAUUUUCUGUGGAGCUAGUCCGAGGUCCUGCAGGCUUUGGUUUCACUUUAAAAGGAGGACGAGGUGUAUCUGGGGAUGUUCCACUGGCCGUGCGUGGACUGCUGAAGGACGGGCCAGCACAUCGAUGUGGUCGUUUGCAGGCUGGUGACCUUGUGCUCCAUAUCAAUGGAGAGUCAACACAGGGCCUCACUCAUGCCCAGGUGGUGGAGCGGAUUCGCGCUGGAGGCCCCCGACUUUGCCUGGUACUCCGCCGGCCUCAAGAGAGGGAUGCCAGUAAGACUGAGGAGGUUGGAGGCCACCAGAAGAGAGAUUGCAGCCCAGAUCCUAGGGGAAGCAGGAUGACGAGGUCUCGCAGCACCAUUUCCCCAGUUCAUCAAACGCUCAAGAGCCGGACCUGUCUGGAACCUAGUCCAGAGGCAGUGGCUGCUGGCCAUGUGGUUCCCAUAGUGGAGCACCCCGCAGAAGACUUGAAAGACCAUAUCCCUGGUGCCCCUGGUACCCCUGGGCCCUGGCUGGUGCCGAGCGAAGACCGGCUCUCACAGGCUCUAGGGGUUCGGGGCGGGGGCGGGGGCGCGCAGAUCGCUCAGGAGAUGGCAGCCGGAAAGCAGAGGCACUGAGCACCGACAGACAGCUCUGUGCUCACUUAGUGAAUUUCCACCUGGUUUUAGCAUGCCUGACGGUCAGACACUAGCGUUUCCCUUAGAACUUUAACCUGGUCUAGUACCCUCCCAUUGCGCGCUGCUCAGUGGACUGGUCCCCACCCCUUCAAGAUGUCAGUGGUACAGCCCUCCCGGAGCCCAGAGCGCUCUCAUCCCCUCCACCCCCGCGCGCCUCAGAUUCUCCUAGUC